AUGUCCAAUCAUGAGAAAAUGUCCACAGCAGAUUUGAUGGAGAGCCUCAGGGAAGAGCUGACAUGUUUCAUCUGCUUGGGUUAUUUCAGCAGUCCAGUGACCACCGAGUGUGGGCACAGCUUUUGUCUGAUGUGCCUCCUCAAGAGUUGGGAGGAGCACAACACACCUUUAUCUUGUCCUGAGUGCUGGAGGACUUUGGGAGCCCCUCAUUUUCAAGCCAACGAGCGACUGGGGAGACUGGCUAAUAUUGGAAGACAGCUGAGAUCCCAGGUGCUGCAGAAUGAGGACGAGCAGAACACCUGUGGGAGAACCCCAGGGCCCAAUAGGGUGUUCUCUGAUGACGAACAGAGCAUCAUUAAUUUCUCACCGCCAAGUCAUGGGACGAACAAGGCAUAUUUCUCAAGUGAGGCUGAGGAGCAGCACAAAGAAAAACUCCAGGAUAUCAUAAAUAUUUUACGGAAGAAGAAGAAGGAGGCUCAGGCCGUCCUGAACCAUGAGAAGGAGCGAGUGAGGUUGUGUAAGGAGGAGACAAAGAAUUGUAAGCAGGUUGUUGUGUCUGAAUAUAUGAAGAUGCACCAGUUUCUGAAGGAAGAGGAGCAGCUCCAGGUCCAGCUCCUGGAGAAGGAGGAAAAGGAGAACAUGAAGAAACUGAGGGAAAAUGAGAUCCAUCUGACCCAGCAAAUCCGUCGCCUCAGCAAAAUGAUUGGACGGAUUGAGUCCACCUGUCAGAACUUGACAUUAGAGUCUUUUGAGGAAGUCAAAGGAGCCAUGGAUCGGUAUGAGUCCCUGUUGUUUCAGUGUCCAGAGACCACCAUCACAGAACUGAGCCUGUGUCGCAUCACUGGGAUGAGGGAGAUGCUGCGGAAAUUCAGCACAGAUGUAACUCUAGAUCCAGCCACAGCCAAUGCUUACCUGCUUUUGUCGGACGAUCUGAAAAGCGUGCAGUACGCAGGGACCCGACAGCAACUGCCUGACAACCCAGAGAGAUUUGAUCAGUCUGCAACUGUAUUGGGAGCCCAGAUCUUCACCUGUGGGAGACACUACUGGGAGGUGGAAGUGGGAAAGAAGACAGAGUGGGAAGUGGGUAUCUGCAAGGACUCUGUGAGCAGAAAGGGGAAUCUCCCCAAGCCUCCUGGGGACCUCUUCUCACUCAUAGGCUUAAAAAUUGGCGACGAUUACAGUCUCUGGGUUUCAUCGCCUCUGAAAGGUCAACAUGUCCGAGAGCCUGUGCAAAAAGUUGGUGUGUUCUUGGACUAUGACUCUGGACACAUAGCCUUCUACAAUGUGACAGAUGAGUCGCUGAUCUACAGCUUCCCUCCAACCUCUUUCCACGAAGCCCUCAGACCUAUCUUUUCCCCUUGUCUUCCAAAUGAGGGGACAAAUACAGACCCUCUUAUCAUCUGCCACAUCUGA